CUACCUGCCUACCUACGGAGCACGAGCAACAUCAACCCACCGUUCUCUUAACUUUCAUCCAACGCUGCGCGACCAUCUCAUCUGUGAUACCCUACCUUCUCACGAGUACGAAGCCCUCUGACGAGGCCAAAAGCAGAAAUGGUUCUCGAAGCUGUGAUGGUGGUUGUAGACAACAGCGAGUCCAGUCGAAAUGGCGAUUACACACCAACAAGAUUCGAGGCACAAGCUGAUGCUGUCUCGCUGAUCUUCUCCGCCAUCACACAAGGCAACCCCGAAUCCUCUGUUGGGCUGAUGAGCAUGGGAGGCAAGGGACCGGAGGUUCUAGUCACAUUAACGACUGAUCAUGGCAAGAUCUUGGAGGGGCUGCAUCGAACGAAGAGUAAGAUUGGUGGGAGCAGUCAUUUGGCCACAGGUAUUCAGAUCGCAGGGCUUGCGCUCAAACAUCGAAAGAACAACUCACAACGCCAACGCAUCAUAGUCUUCACCUGCAGUCCCAUUGCCGAAGAUGAAAAGACGCUGGUAAAACUGGCAAAGAAAAUGAAGAAGUAUAACGUAUCCGUCGACUUUAUUGCCUUCGGUGAGCUUGAUGACGAUGUAACGAAGAAACUGGAAGCAUUCAACACGAAUGUCAAGAGUGGUAACGGGUCGAAUUUAGCUAUCAUACCACCUGGACCUGGUCUGCUGAGUGACCAGUUGGUCACAAGCCCGAUACUGAACGGUGAUGGCUUGAGCGGAGCAGCAGGCAUGGGUGGCGCCGAAGGAGGUCAAGAUACUAGCGGGUUCGAAUUUGGUAUUGAUCCAUCUGUUGAUCCGGAGUUGGCACUGGCUUUGAGAAUGAGUAUGGAAGAGGAGAAGGCAAGAGUGGAUAAGGCGAAUAAGGAGAAGGCCGAAGCGGAGUCGAAGAAUUCAUUGCCGGGGGUCAAAGAGGAAGAAGAGGGUGGGCAGUCGAAGGACGGGGAGGCGAGUGGCAGCAAGGAGGACAAGAAAGAUGACGAUGCUGAUAAAAUGGAUACUGCAUAA